GCACCAAUUUCGCGCGCUUUUAAGUUAAGAAUUGAGCUGUCUGUGUUUGCAAGUUUAUACUUUUAAAACUAUUUUUAUUGAAUAAUAAAGUUGACGAAAAAAUGUCGUCACCACCAAGAACUUCUUCCCAAUCAACGAACGGAUCUAGAACGCCAAGUCGUGGUAAUCGUACUCCAAGUAGACAAAGUCAGAAUGGCACUCCAAGUAGACAAACACGAAGUACAGCGGGAAGUGCAACUCCGAGUCAACAAAGUCAAAAUGGUACACCAAGAGCAACACGCCGUACUGCUGGUAGUGAAACUCCAAGUCGACAAGAUGAAACCCCAAGUAAACGUAGAAUGACUCCAUCAAAACGAUUAUUAACAACUCCAGCUAAAUCAACUAAUGAAGAUAAUGGAUCCGUUUCAACUCCGAUGCGUUGGGGUACUCAACGUCCUGAUCAAGGAGUCACAGUUGCUGAUUCUGAUGUAGAAAUACCUGUAAGCUCACCUCCUCAAAAUAUUGUUGCCACAAGUCCUGAAGUUGCACCAAUUAGCGAGAUAGGUGAAAUGAGUUCUCCAUUGAAUUAUGGCACACCUAGUUCUAUGGGCUCUAUUCGUACACCACGGUCUGGAGUAAGAGGUACACCGAUGCGACAACGUCCAGAUAUUCGUGUGGAUAAACGUAUUCGCCAAGUUCCUUUGGCAUCUGAUCAGUUGGAACCAAUUCCCGAAUCAUCUGAAACUGAUAAUGCUGAAAAUCAACUUGUAAUUUGGGGUACCAACGUCGUGAUUUCACGUUGUAAAGAACAAUUCAAACAAUUCAUCUUACGGUACAUUGAUCCAGAAGCCGAAGAAGAUGAACGAAUGGAAGGAAUGAAUAUUAAUGAACCAUUAUAUUUACAAAAAUUGGAUGAGAUCCAUACUUUAGAAGAACCUUUUAUGAAUGUAAAUUGUGGACAUAUAGAAACAUUUGAUGCAAAUCUAUAUCGACAAUUAGUAUGCUAUCCUCAAGAAGUAAUUCCAGCUUUAGAUGCGGCAGUUAACGAAAUGUAUUUUGAACGAUAUCCAGCUGAUACUUUGGAACAUCAAAUUCAAGUUCGUCCGUUUAAUGCGGCUAAGACUAAAAACAUGCGCUCCUUAAAUCCUGAAGAUAUCGAUCAAUUAAUUACAAUCAGCGGAAUGGUAAUUCGUACAUCACACAUAAUUCCCGAAAUGCGUGAAGCUUUCUUUAAAUGUAUCGUAUGCUCAUUUACAACAACAGUUGAAAUUGAUCGUGGUCGUAUUGCUGAACCUACAGUGUGCACAAAUUGUAACACAAAUUAUUGUUUUUCAUUGAUUCAUAAUCGAUCACAAUUUACGGAUAAACAAGUGAUUAAAUUUCAAGAAUCACCAGAUGAUAUGCCAGCUGGUCAAACACCACAUACGGUUGUGUUAUUUGCGCAUAAUGAUUUAGUUGAUGCUGUACAACCAGGUGAUCGUGUUACUGUUACUGGUAUCUAUCGUGCACUUCCAACUCAAGUGAAUCCACGUAUGCGAAAUGUUCGUUCUAUUUAUAAAACACAUAUUGAUGUUGUGCAUUUCCGCAAAGUGGAUAAUAAACGAUUGUAUGAGCAAGAAGACGGAAAAGAUCAUAGAUUCCCACCUGAACGUGUCGAAUUACUACACAUGUUAUCGAAAAAAGAGGAUGUUUAUGAACGAUUAGCUCGUGCUAUUGCACCUUCUAUUUAUGAAAAUGAGGAUGUUAAAAAAGGAAUCUUAUUACAAUUGUUUGGAGGCACUAAAAAAACUCACGUGGCAUCAGGGCGCGCUAAUUUCAGAGCCGAAAUUAACAUAUUAUUGUGCGGAGAUCCUGGUACUUCAAAAUCGCAAUUAUUAUCAUAUGUAUUUAACUUGGUUCCAAGAAGUCAAUAUACAUCAGGAAAAGGUUCUUCAGCGGUGGGAUUAACAGCUUACGUUACCAAAGAUCCAGAGACUAGACAACUUAUUUUACAAACGGGAGCAUUAGUUCUUGCUGAUAAUGGUGUAUGUUGUAUUGAUGAAUUCGAUAAAAUGAAUGACGCAACUCGUAGUGUGUUGCAUGAAGUAAUGGAACAGCAAACAUUAAGUAUCGCAAAAGCUGGAAUUAUUUGUCAAUUAAAUGCACGGACAUCAAUUUUAGCUGCAGCUAAUCCGUGCGAAUCACAAUGGAAUAAAAAUAAAACAAUUAUUGAAAAUGUUCAAUUGCCGCAUACAUUGAUGUCUAGGUUUGAUUUAAUAUUUUUGAUAUUGGAUCCACAAAACGAUAUAUUUGAUCGUCGUCUAGCUCGUCAUUUAGUUUCUCUAUACUACAAAUCACCAGAAGCGGAAGAAGAUGAGUUGAUGGACAUGGGAAUUCUAAGAGAUUAUAUUGCAUAUGCUAAAGAACAUGUACAUCCAAAACUUAGUGAAGAAGCAUCACAAAAACUUAUACAAGCUUAUGUAGAUAUGCGUAAAGUUGGAUCCGGUCGAGGUCAAAUAUCAGCUUAUCCACGACAACUUGAAUCAUUAAUUCGAUUGGCUGAGGCUCAUGCUAAAGUACGUUUUUCGAAUCUCGUAGAAGUAGUGGAUGUUGAUGAAGCCUGGAGAUUACAUCGUGAAGCUUUAAAACAAUCCGCUACAGAUCCAUUAUCCGGUAAAAUAGAUAUUGGAAUUUUAACAACAGGAUUAAGUACUACUGCCCGUAAGCGUAAAGUGGAAUUGGUGAAAGCUUUAAAAGACUUAAUUACUGCUAAGGGAAAAGUACCUACAUUAAAUUACCAAAAAUUGCAUAUGGAAAUAAAAGAAGCAUCUCAAAUUAUGGUUACACGAGAAAUGUUUGAAGAUGCCCUCAGAGAAUUACAGGAUGAUGGUGUAAUUACUGUUAUGAGUAAAAAUACUAUUAGAAUAUGUCAUAAGUAAUUUUCCUUUAAGUUAUGUUUUAUACUAGUUAAGUUAUUGUUAAU